AUGUACGCGGGGUUGGCGGGGCUGGAGGGGCUGGGGGGGCUGACGGGGAGCACGUACGCGGGGAUGCUGGCCACGGGUUCGGAACACGGCGGGGGGGGCGGUGGCGCAGGGGGGAACAAAGCGCAAAAUGCGGCGGCCAUGAGAGCGAUGCAAGCAGCCAAGCUCCGAGCCUCCAAGACAGCCUUGGAGCGGCACGACGUGGAGAUCAUAGGCUCGGGACCGGAGCUGCUGAUCUUCUCACACGGCUUCGGGUUCAACAAGAACGUGUGGCGCGGCGUGAUCAAGGCACUGGACAAGACUCGCUAUAAGAUUGUUCUCUACAACGUCACAGGCGCUCUGGGCACGGAUUAUGACGCGUUUGACUACCAGCGCUACAGCACACUGCAUGGCUUCACGGAUGACCUGCUGCUGCUGCUUCAAGAGCUGGGCGUCGAGGGGAGGGAGCGCGGGCAGCAGUGCACGGUGGUGGGGCAGCAGCAGGCGGGCAUGGUGGCGCUGCUGGCAUCUUUGGAGCGCCCCACACUCUUCAAGCGCAUCGUGCUGCUCAGCUCCUCGCCCCGGCUAUUGGGAGCAGAGGGGUAUGAGGGGAGCUACGCACUAGAGGACCUGGAUCAAGUGUUUGGCAUCAUGCAGGGCAACUUCAAGCUGUGGGUGCGCAACUGUGCACCGGUGCUGACAGCAGAUGACAUCAAGGCGGGGCACGUGAGGGAGUUUGUGCGCCCGCUCUUCCUUCUUCGCCCAGACAUCGCCUUCAGCUUCCUCAAAACCGCCUUCGCGUGUGACGUGCGCGAUAUCCUCCCAAGGGUGAGUGCUUAUGCAGUGCUCAUGCCGCGCUUGAGGCAGAUGGAUGGAUGGCACAGCAGCCCUCUCUGCUUUGCUCUUCCUGCUGCGCCCAGACAUCGCCUUCAGCUUCCUUCCUCAAAACCGCCUUCACCUGUGACGUGCGCGAUAUCCUUCCAAGGGUGA